AAUAAGCAGUAUACACUAAAAAUGUUGGGAGUGGACAAUGAAAUAAGAGCGAGGAAAAGCAAUCGGGAGGAGAUGAAAAUUUACCUGAAUGAAUUGACUUAUGGUGAGCCACAAAAUAAUUCUGUCCGUCCUCGAUCUGUCCCCACUGUUGGAAUGAGCAAAAUACAAGCGAAAGGAUGGAAGGCCUUUUUCAUUGACUACGCAAGUUCCGCAUCGUUCCACGGAUUCAAUCACUUGGCUGCGCCUCGCAGACAUCUCUUCGAAAGGAUUGGCACAGUCGUCAUAAUCAUGAUGUCCUUUCUGGCGCUGGUUCUGCUUUCCCUCCACUUUUGGGACGAAUAUCAGAAUUAUGCCAUUGUCAUCGUUCUCAACCACGGCUUCCACAACUACAAGAUCGUUCAACCAGCUAUUAUCGUGUGUACAACGAAUGGAGUUGACGAAGAAAAAUUUCCUGAAGUUUUUAAGAAAUAUGGCAUUGAGGAUACCAAAGAGAUUCGAGAAUUCUUCACGGUGAUAGCAAGGGAACCGUACUCGUACAAGUUGGACAGCCCAGAGACCGUCAGCGUGCCCCCCAGUCAGUGGCUGUCCAUCCUGAACGACUUGAAGCCGCAUAUAGAUUACCCUCAUAUCACAGAAGAGGCCGCGUGGAUCAUCACUGAACGGGGCUUUUGCAAUAGCUUCUACAGUUACGCUGCUCCCUAUUCCUCUUUUGAUUAUUGGAUGAGUGAUAACUGGACGAUAAUACCAGAACCUGAUGAUUUGCCAGUUUACGAACACUUGAGCCCAGUCUUCAAUGCACCCUUCCAUGUGAAGGCUUAUGAUGUGUUCUUCAGCGUAGCUCAUCCCGGUAACAUUGUUGACUUCUCAAGGCUUACUUAUUCGGCUAAAGUGCAGUGGAGCACUGAGCUCGCGGUCAACGUCGAGGAAAUCGAACCUGCGAGUGAACUGAGAUCGCUCUCAUUCAACCAAAGGUCAUGUAAAUUCGAGGAUGAGCAAAAACUCACCAUGUGGCCAAUCUACACAUCCGCAAUGUGCAAAAGGGAGUGUACAUACAAAAGAAUGUUCAAACUGUGUGGAUGUCAUCACCACUUUGCACGGCCUGUUGCUGGAGUACCAACAUGCAAUCUAGCCCAAUUGCGAUGCACAGCUACAAACAUCAAAGCUAUUUUGAAUGAUCAUAAGGAGAAAGGAUCGGAUUGUAAUUGUUUCCCCGACUGUCAUUUCAUUCGUUACACUGAAAGCCGAAUAAACUCUUAUGCUCUAGGUGAAAGAACCCCCAUGGAUAUCACACUGGAUGUCUCCAUACUAUUUCCAAAAGACAAGUACAUUACGGAGGAAGUAUUCGGUUUCGGUGACUUCCUUGCAGCUGUUGGUGGAGCUGCUGGCUUACUCCUUGGCGCUAGUAUCCUAUCGUUCGUUGAAUUUUUCUACUUCGCGACAUUGCGAUGCUUCUGGUAUUACCGGAAGAUGAGAAGCGAACGGCUACGAAAACUGAGGACCGAAACGAGUAGAUUGACUAAGAGCAUAAUUUAAUGGAAAAAAAUCCCUUAAAUUAAAAGACAAAAAAAUGUAAACACUGUAUCGGAAAAAUAGUUUCUAAUUAUGGAUAGAA